AUGCCUCCACACACCGAUCCCGUCUCCGAUGACGACACCAUCAUCGGCGACGCCACGCCGUCCAGGACAUCGACAGACGCCCACAACGCCACCGAGUUUACCCCGCUCAUUGCCGGCGACUCCUCCAAGAGGCCCGGCGCCGGGCGCAGCAGGACCGACUCCCUCCUCAACGCCGCCGCCAUCCACGUGCCCAAGGUCCACAACGCCGACGCCAUCGCCGCCAUCUUCUGCGCCAUCAUCGUCCUCGGCGCCGGUGCCAGCGGCCUCUGGGUCAUCCCCAUCACCCGCCAGGUCGAGGACAUUGUGUGUCGGGAGUACUACGGCGUGCUGCACUCGGAGCAUGGCGGCCCUAUCGACGAGGCCCGCUGCAAGGAGGACGCCAUCCAGUCAAAGGUCGCCAUGCUCUUCGCCGUUUACAGCGCCCUGCAAGCCUCCAUCGGUGCCGCCGCUGCCUUCCCCUGGGGUAUCGUCGCCGAUCGUUUCGGCCGGAAAUGGGUCUUCUCCAUGGCCGUGCUGGGCAUAGUCCUCGGCCAGCUGUGGUUCCUCGUCGUCUGCGCCUUUCCCAGGACGAUCCCGCUUAAGGCCAUGUGGCUCGGCCCGUUCCUGCUGGUCAUCGGCGGUGGCAACGCCGUGCUGCCCGCCGUCGUCUUCUCCAUGCUCUCGGAUAUCACGACUUCGGAAAACAGGGCCAAAAAGUUCAUGGCUGUCCAUCUGUCGUCCAUGGCCGGAAACCUCUUCGCCCCCGCCGUCGCCGGGUGGAUGAUGGAGAGGACCGGACCCUGGGUUGUUGAAUGGAUCUCCCUUACCGGCUUCGCAACGCUCUUCUUCACCAUCCACCUCAUCCCGGAGACCAAGACGGCGGCCCAGGUGCUGCCGGACCCCAUCGCCGACGAGCCCGAGGCUGAGUCGCCCGUUGUCGGCACCAUCCAGCACACGCUCCACCGCCUCCGGGAGUCUCUGAGCCUCCUCGCGUCCCCCUCCCUCGUCAUGCUGCUCGUGGCGACGCUCAGCUCGUACCCAGUUGUGCUGUCGACCUUACAGUUCAUGACCAUCUUCGCCUCGAAGCGCUACCACGUCUCGCUGUCCCAGACGGGCUAUCUCUUGUCGCUCUACGGCCUUGGCGUCUUCUUCACCAUCGUCGCCAUCCUGCCGGGCGUCUCGAAGCUGCUCGCCUCCCCCAAGACGCCGGAGCCCCUGCGUUUCACUGAUGACAACAGACGCGACCUCUUCCUCGCCCGCGUGUCGUCCGUCGCGCUUCUCCUCGGCGCCCUGAGCAUGGCCGCAUCGCCGACUAUCGGCGCCUUCAUCGGCGGCCUCGCGAUCCUGUCUCUUGGCUCGGGCUGGGGCAGCUACGUGCGUAGCCUAUGCGCCGUGUACGUCGACGCCGCGCACCGAACGCGUCUGUACUCCAUUAUCUCGGUCGUCGAGACGGUGGGCAUGACGUUCACAGAGCCCAUGCUCGCAGGGCUUUUCGGCCUGGGUAUGAGGCUCGGGGGCCUCUGGAUCGGAUUGCCGUACGUGGGCGUGGCUGGUUUCUGCAUCGCUGCCCUGGGCUUGCUUCUCUUUGUGAGGCUUCCGCCGCCGGAGGGCAAGGGCGCGCACGCGUCUGGCGAUGAUGCCGGGGCCGAGCCUCGAGCUCAUUGA